UCCAAACAGCACACACUUGCAAAACCAACUUUCCUUCUUCAUAUCAAAUUCAUAUUCAUAUUCAUAUAUUCAUAUUCAUUCAUAUAUAUACUCCGUAUAUUACACCCCUUAGAAAAAAACCUAACAAAAACCAAUAUAUUGUGCCAAAGAUCCUGUUUCCAUUUUCCUUCAAGAUUCAUAUCACAUGCAAAUAUACACACACAUACAGAUACAUAAAUAAUAAAUACCUAAUAUAUAUACAUAUACGCACAGGUGUAUCUAAAACCUCUGUAAUAUCCCUCCAACAAAAUCUAUAAAUACUAAGUAAAUAAAGGUCUUGGGUUAGGGUUCUUUGAGUUUUUUUUUGGAUUUGUGGCGGGAAAGAUUGAGACUUGGCGGGAACCCAGUUGAGCAAUUGUAUGUUUAGUUGUUAAUAUGGCAAACCCAUCUGGAAACGGGUCGAAUAAUAACGAAUCGGGUGACCCGAUUUAUCAUGGCGGCAGUUCGGUGACGGAGUCGGUGUUGCAGCAUAACCCUGGUGUUUCUGUUGAUUGGACUCCUGAUGAACAGUCUAUUUUGGAAGACGGUCUAGCCAAGUAUGCAACUGAGUCGAACAUCAUCCGCUAUGCAAAAAUUGCCGUGCAAUUGCAGAACAAGACUGUACGGGAUGUGGCUAUGCGGUGCAGAUGGAUGGUUAAAAGGGACAAUAGCAACAGAAGGAACGGGGAGUACAAUUUGACAAGACCUACAGAUAGAAAGGAAAAAAUGAAUGAACAUUUGGCAAGUACAUCUCGUCUGACUACUGAAAACGGACCUUCAUCAUAUUUUAACGGAAUGGCUGCCAAUGGAAAAUCAAAUGCUCUACACAGUGUUCUUGCCAGUCCUGCAGGACAACUUGUUCGGGAAACUGCACAGGCUCUAGAGCGUGUUUCUGCAAAUCUUGAAACUCGUCAGUUGCAACAGCUACAUGAGAAUAUCAGCCUCCUUUGCCAAGUUCAGAAAAACAUCAUUGAGAUCUUGAGCAAUUUUACUGAUACCCCGGAGGUGAAAGUUAUGCCACCAUUUCCCGUGAAGCUGAACCAAGAUCUUCUCAAUUCAUUGUUCUCUCAUGCAAGAUUGCAGCAGAUGCACAUGCAAAUGCAAUAAUCGUUACUGUGAAGAAUGAAGUCUUUAUGGAACAAUUCACUGCAUGGGUUUAUUUGGUUUUCCGUUUCUCUAUAUUUGAUUUGAAACAGUAAAUAGGAAAUAAGUAGCAGCAUUUUGACUUGGGGAGUUUUGAAUUAGGGUUUGAUAGUUUGAAACGUUGAAAUCGUUAACAGAAGUUUGUGGUAGGAUUCUACGCUUAUUGUUUGCUUCACUCCACUCAUAGAUUUAGUGGAGAGGAAACUAAAGAGCUAAAUCAUUACCAAACAAUCAUUCCGUAAAUAAAACACCAACCGAAGACCGAGCUAUUAUUUGUGUCGUUGUAAUGAAUUAACUUAUGUACUUUUUGCUUUAAGGUACGUUAGCAUAUGAUGAGACAAGUCA